AUGUUACCUGUCCGUACAUACAACAACAAUAUUACUGAUACCAAAAAGGAUGCAAAACGACAAGUAUCGUUAAAUGACAUAAUCCAAGGAGCGCUAAAUUUUGUUCGACCAAUUAUUGGCACUUCAGUACCAAUGCAAUCAGAUUUGACAACAUCCAGAAAACUACAAUCAGAGCAAAUGAGAGGAAGAGAUGUCGAGAUUCUUGGUUUACCAAAGCAUUCCGCUUUAGAUGAUAUGCCAAUUUGCAAAAGUAAUUCGAAAAUAUGCAAAUUUAUCACCUGUAGUGCUCGAAAUUUUCAAAACGAUGAAUCAAUAUCAAAUUUAAAUUUGGCUGCACAAAUGCUGGCUGAUACGAAAUUACGUAAAAUGAUUGCCAGUGAUUCAAGUAUAUUGCUGACAGCAUGCCAAGAACAAGGACUUUCUCCAUUGCAAUGCAAACUUUUUGCAAACGCAUUUCAACUUAUUGAUCGAUUUAUCUCAACCAUUGAACCAUUGGAGAAAGAUGUUAAAAAUUUACAUCAUUAUAUUAUCAAGGAUGAUCCAUACUAUGAUGAUUCCGAUGCACCACCCAUUCCAAUACAACCGGGAAUGCGUCAGGCUAUAGGAUCUCAAACAUGGUCUACCAAUAGAAAGAAUAUCAGUGAUGAUUCUGAUUUGAUAACACAAACGAUGCAACUCAAAGAAAAGCCGAAUUUAUCAGGAGUAUCAACAUUUUCAGAUCCGUUCAAAAAUUUACUAAAUCCUUCAGAUUUUCCAAAUUCAAAUAGUGCUGCAACAUCAACAACCGUAGAUUCAACGCUAACAAAACCAUCAUCACCAUCAAUAACGGCCCCCUUACUUACUUUUCCACCAUUACUUUUUACCUUUCCAACUUUUGCAACAGUUGCACCAAUAAUAUCCCAUACAUCAUCACCAGAAAGUUUGAAACUGGAAGCAUUAUCACCUGUAAAUUUAUUGACAAAAGAAAUGCAAAUGCUAAUGUCACAUUUUGAUAACAAAUUGCUGUUACCAAAUAUAAUAUCAUUACCGUCAUCACUGAUAACGUUACCAGAUCAGUUUAAGUCGACGAAUCCGGCUGGAUCAGUAAGAAAUAGACGAUCAUUCGAUUAUUAUGAUAAUAUUGAGGAAUAUAAUGAUGAUACCAAAACUACGAGUACAUCCAUAGAUCAUGCAAUCAGUGAUAACAAUCAACAAAUGAUAAAACUUCAGAAACAGAUGAAAGGUCGGAAGGGUAUACUUGAUUGCAUGAAACUUUUUAAGGAUAGUUAA